AUGAGCAAACCUGCCGGCUCAACAAGCCGCAUCCUGGACAUCCCGUGCAAAGUUUGCGGAGACCGCAGCUCCGGCAAGCACUACGGCGUCUACGCCUGCGACGGCUGCUCGGGCUUCUUCAAGAGGAGCAUUCGGCGGAACAGAACUUACGUGUGCAAAUCCGGUUCUCAGGGUGGUUGUCCUGUGGAUAAAACUCACAGAAACCAAUGCCGAGCGUGCCGCUUGAAAAAGUGCCUGGAAGUCAACAUGAAUAAAGACGCCGUCCAACAUGAGCGAGGACCCCGAACGUCCACCAUCCGAAAGCAGGUGGCCUUGUACUUCCGAGGUCAUAAAGAGGUCAACGGGUCCUCGACGCAUUUCCCAGGAUCCUCUCUGCCGGGCCCGCCCUUCUUCACCACAGUCACGCAGCUGGAGCCGCACAGUUUGGACAUGAGUACGGUGGCCAGCACGCCGGAGAGGCAGGCCAUCGUGGGCCUGGCGCAGCCCACCCCCAAGUACCCCCACGAAGUCAGCGCCACCCCCAUGUACCUGUACGAGGUGGCCACCGAGUCGGUGUGCGAGUCGGCGGCCCGCCUCCUCUUCAUGAGCAUCAAGUGGGCCAAGAGCGUGCCCGCCUUCUCCACGCUCCCCUUGUCGGACCAGUUGAUCCUGUUGGAGGACGCCUGGAGGGAACUGUUCGUCCUGGGCAUUGCGCAGUGGGCCAUCCCCGUGGACUCCACAACUUUACUCGCCGUCUCCGGGAUGAACACCGAAAACACCGAAUCCCAGCGGAUGAACAAAAUCAUGUCGGAGAUCCAAGCGCUCCAAGAGGUGGUCACCAGGUUCCGACAGAUGCGGCUGGACGCCACCGAGUUCGCCUGUCUGAAAUGUAUUGUGACGUUCAAAGCCGUUCCCACGCAGGGCGGUGCAGAGCUGAGAAACUUCCACAACGCCAGCGCCAUUGCGGCGUUGCAAGAUGAGGCGCAGCUCACGCUCAACAGUUACAUACACACCAGGUACCCGACUCAGCCGUGUCGCUUCGGCAAGCUGCUGCUGCUCCUGCCGUCCCUGCGCUCCGUCGGCCCCUCCACCAUCGAGGAGGUGUUCUUCAAGAAGACCAUCGGCAACGUGCCCAUCACCAGGCUCCUCUCCGACAUGUACAAAUCCAGCGACAUUUGACCUCGCCGACCAAAUCCGCCCGCUUGGAGAAACAGAAGAGACUUGAACACAAGGGGAUGGGGUGGGGGGGG